AUGCCGCUCCUGCUGGAGUGUGCUCAGGUGCAGGGCCCUCAGUAUCUCUCUGACAUGUGGAAGUUCAUGAGCGAGCCGCUGAUCAAAGCCAUCGGCACGGAGCCCGACUCGGACGUGUUGUCGGAGGUCAUGCACGCCUUCGCCAAGUGCAUGGAGCUGAUGGGUGACGGCUGUCUGGAGAAGGCCCAGUUUGAGGAGCUGGGGGGGAUCCUGAAGGCCAAGCUGGAGGAGCACUUCAAGAACCAGAGACUCAGACAAGACAAAAGAGAAGAUGAAGACUACGAUGAGCAGGUGGAGGAGACGUUACAAGACGAGGACGAGAACGACGUGUACAUUUUGACCAAAGUGUCGGACAUCCUGCACUCGGUCUUCAGCUCGCACAAAGAGAACGUCCUGCUGUGGUUUGAGCAGCUGAUGCCGCUGAUCGUGGAGCUGCUGAGAGCAGAGCGGCCCUGGGCGGACAGACAGUGGGGCUUGUGUAUCUUUGACGACGUGGUGGAGCACUGCAGCCCCUCCUCCUUCAGAUACGCAGACUUCUUCUUGGGGCCGAUGCUGCAGUCGCUCGUGGACCCGGUGGCCGAGGUGCGGCAGGCGGCUGCGUACGGUGUGGGCGUUAUGGCGCAGUAUGGUGGCGCAAACUACUGCAAGUUCUGUAAAGAGGCCAUCCCAAGGUUGGUCCAGGUAAUCCAGGCCCCGGACUCUCGCUCCAAAGAGAACGUGAACGCCACAGAGAACUGCAUCUCGGCCGUGGGCAAAGUGAUGCGCUUCCAGCCGGAGUGGGUCAGCGUCGGCGAGGUGCUCCCCCAUUGGCUGAGCUGGCUGCCACUCAAAGAGGACAAGGAGGAGGCAGUCCACACCUUCGACUUCCUCUGCGACCUCAUCGAAAGUAACAACCCAAUCGUCCUUGGUCCAGACAACGCAAACCUUCCCAAGAUCUUCCUCAUCAUUGCGGACGGCGUGGCAAGCGAAUCCAUCAAAUGUGAAGACUCCUGCAGCAAAAGACUGGCCAACGUCAUCCGGGUUUCGGACGGUUUAUGGACAACGUGCGUCUCUACAUUGAACGAGUCUCAACAGAAAGCCAUGCAGGACCUGCUAAACUCGGCCUAA